AUGCGCAAGAAAAAGAGAGACAAAAAAAAGAGAAAAACUACGCCCGUUCGCGGUCUCCAAGACGCCGUCUCGGCUUGGACAACGGCGAGCAAGGUCAAGAUAAGAAAGCGGAAGACUGAGAACAAAGGAGAGACAGACGAGAUGGCGAUGCGACAUGACGACUGCAAAGACCUUGUCGAAAACGGGGACGAGAGAGAACGCCACAUUGGCCUGUUUUGGUGGCGACUUCGGAGGCUUUGA